UCUGGUGUUUUGUUUUUCAGGUUUUGUCUAGUUUUGGUUUUGUUUUUCUGGGGUAGAAACAAUGGCUUUCUUUGUGAAAAGUAUGAUAAGUAACCAGGUAAAGAAUUUAGGAUUUGGUGGUGGGUCGGAAGAAAAAAAAGAGGAAGUCGGUCCAUCCGAUCCUGCAGCAGCUCAAGGCAUGACGAGAGAGGAAUAUGAAGAGUAUCAGAAGCAAGUGAUUGAGGAAAAAAUGGAAAGAGAUGCUGCAUUUACACAAAAAAAGGCAGAGAGGGCAUGCCUCAGAGUUCAUCUCCGAGAAAAAUACAGACUUCCAAAGAGUGAAAUGGAUGAGAACCAAAUCCAGAUGGCUGGUGAUAAUGUGGAUUUGCCCGAAGAUCUCCAGAAAAUGGUAGAUGAAGAUCAAGAAGAGGAAGAAGAUAAGGAUUCUAUUCUUGGGCAGUUGCAGAAUCUCCAGAACAUGGACUUGGACACCAUCAAAGAAAAAGCCCAGGCCACCUUCACAGAAAUUAAGCAGACGGCAGAGCAGAAGUGUUCUGUGAUGUGA